UCACACUAUUUUUCGGUCAUCAAUAGAAGUAAAAAGGAAUAUAAUGAACUUUAACAGUUAUAAGGGAUAUAAUUUAAUUUGAUGAACACAUUGGGAAUGCCAUGUGUUUGCAGGGAAUAUAAAAUGAUUGUGAAAAGAUAAUUAAUAAUGUUCACAUUUAGCUAAAUUUUACUUGCAAAUGUUAAUCAAUAAUAAUCAUGUGAUACAUUAUAAACACGUAUAAGGUGUCAAAUGAUACACUGUUUAAAACUUAUUGGUUUAUAUUAUUUGUAAAUCACGUAAAUCGACAAUAAGUCAGCUAAAAUAAUGCCAAUAAAUAUUUAUAUCAAAGAGUUUCAAAACUGGUUAAAAGGUGUAUUUGGACUAAAUACAAUAAGAACUGCCUUGUGCGAAUGUAUUACUGACACACUCGAUGCAUACUUAAAAGAUGUUUCACCCCAAGAGUUAAAACAGUUUUUCAUAUGCCUAGAUAUAAAUAACAUUUCUAAGCUAAAGACGAAAGUAAAAGGUCGUUGUCGAGUUUGGGAGUGGGAAUGCAGUCAUGAAAGAUGCAAUGCACUUAUGGGUCGUUUUGUUCACAAUCAUACACAUAGCUACCAAUUAAAAUACAAAUGGAACAAAUCUUCAAAUAUCAGUGACGACGCUGAUCGUAGAAAUGAACAUCAAAAAUUUAAAUGGAGAUAUUUCAAAUUAUUCAAAUUAUACAUGCAUUUAGACAACAACUACACCAGUUUAGAAGACCUGGAUAUAUCACAUGUUAUCAAAGCUAUGAGAAAUUGUAAACUAUUUUAUCCAGAUGGAUCCGCCGAACCAUAUGACGAGGUUUUGAAGUUAAGAAAUACAGUUAUGCACUCACCAAACAAUACAAUGGAAUUGGACGAAACACUAAAACUCCUUAACAAGACAAGGAAACUUUUAGAUUGUCUUGAUAUAGCCGAAAAAACAUAUUAUAAGAAGGCAAUUGCAGAACUGCAAGAUCUCGAAAGAAAUGACUUUGUUCUAAAGUACCGGUCAGAAGAAAGUGAGUUUAUUAUAGCCAAGGUUUUAGAGGCAAGAAUCGUUGCUGAUGAGCUACAUAGUAAUAUUGAAUACAACAACCAAUUGUGUAAAAGUCAAAGUAAACGUUUACAAGAUAUGCUGGAACAAAUUGUUAGUUCAGGGAUAACAACAAAGAGGGGAUUUGAAAUGACGCAAGCUGAAUACAAAGUAAAAGUAAAACAAGCAAUGGAACAGAAAAGAAAAACAAUAGCAUUGGAUAAAAUUGUGUUUGAUGAAAAAAGCAACGACUAUAAAACAUUGGAAAACCUUGAACGUAAAACGGAAGUAGACAUCAAAGAAAUGGAAGUAAAAAUGACAAGAACUGGCCUCGAGGAAAUGGUUGAUGUUAUUAACAGUUUGAACAAAGAAUUGGGAGAGAAAAAUGCGAAGGAGAUUGGUCUAAAGAAGAAAUUGAAGGAAUCAACUAAAGAGAUAGAAAAUCUUAAUACGAAAUUAGAAUACCUGGAACAAGAAAGAAAGGUAACAUCAAAUGCGAUAUAA